AUGGGUCGAAGAAAGAUCGAAAUACAGCCUAUCACCCACGAACGAAACCGUUCUGUCACCUUUUUAAAACGCAAGAACGGGCUGUUCAAGAAGGCCUACGAGCUCGGCGUGCUCUGCUCCGUCGACGUCGCCGUCAUCAUCUUUGAGGAACGGCCAGGCCACCACCUCAAGCUCUACCAGUACUGCUCAUCGGACAUCAACAAUAUCGUCCAGCGGCAUCUCCACCACGAUGGCGAGAAAGACACUCGAGGGCCCAACGAUUUCUCGGGCAACGCCAACAGCAAGGCGGCGGAUAUGGGCGAUGGGGACGAUGAUGACGUGGACGAUGACGACGACAUGGCUCCUCGGACGCUCAAGCGCCCGCGAGACGAGAAGCUGAAGCCUCCUCUGGACAUGGUUACCAGUGGUGUACGUCCCAUCUCCUACCCUUCUCUCAUCACUCCUCAUCUAACAGACCCCCUACCCUUCUCUUCUCUCCGUUCCUUUCCACACCAGAUGGACCCCUACGGCCGCCACGGCCUCACCCUCCCCCAAGCACCCCCGCACAUGCACGGGCACUCCCACUCCCAUUCCCAUGGUCUCCCCCACUCGCAGUCCUCCCCUUUAGGCGGCGGCGGGCUGCCCAUCUCCGACUCGCGCCUCAGCUCCUCCAAGCGCCGGCUCGGGCACUCAAGCGGUCCAGGUGGGAGCCUGGCCCUCUCGCACUCGCGCUCGCCCUCCGACGACCCCUCCGGGCACGGGCACGGGCACGGCGGGUACGCCGGAUACCACUCCUCCUCGCACUCGUCGCACAACGCGCCUUCGUUUGGGAGUAGGGGCCCCGGGGGAGGAGGAGGGGGCCUCCCGCAGCGGAGCAGCUCGGGCGGCUCGGGGUCGUACGACGGGAUGUACGGCGGGGGAAGUAUGAUGGGGUCGUCGCGCUCCGGCGGUGUAGGGGGGGAUCUGUUUAGUGGCUUUGGGAUGGACGCGGGUGAGAGGCACCAUGAGCCGCCGCCGCCGCCACCGCAGAACUUUAGCUUGGACUGGCCGGUGCAUAAUACGGGUGCGGGAUCGGGAGCGUCGGCGUCGAGUUCGGGUGAGCUUUGGUUCUUUGCUUUAUCAAACCCCUCCUCUAACCCCUCCUCAUCCGCACCCGACCCUUCCUCCUCCGGCAACCCCUCCUCAACAGGCAACUGGCUCGACUUCCUCUCCGGCAACCCCAACAACCCUUCCUCCGCUGCUGCCGCCGCCGCCGCACGCGAAAGCAUGUCCUGGGAGCGCGGCGGUCCCACACCUUCCUCCUCCGUGCCCCCGCCGCCCUCCUCUACCUCCGGUACGAGCGGGUCGCCGAUGGGCUUGGGGCCUGGGCUAGGUGGUGGGGGUAAGAGGAGCCCGCCGGGUGUUGGGGGCUUGAUGGGCGUGGGUGUGGGGAUUGGGGGUGGGUUGAAUGGCGAUGGAGGGAUGAAGAAGGAUUCGUUAGGGCCUGGGUGA